GUGUGUGUGUGUGUGUGUGUGUGCAGGUGGGAUGUAUCACGGGGAAAUGACGGAGAAACUCAAACUGCUCUACAAGCUGCACCUACCUCCAGCGGUGUGUCCGGAGGAGGCUGAAUCAGCUCUGGAGGCGACUCACUUCUUCACAGAGAAUGAAGCUGAAGAACCUUCCUUCCUACCUGCUGUGGGCUCUUUGGGGAAACAGGAAGUGACCUCAGUUUCUGCAGGUGAAGAGGACGUAGGAAACGAAUCGAGGAAAGGUAAGCCACGCCCCCUGAGAGAAAUAUAAGAGUGUGCUAUACUAUACAUCGAUGUAUAAAACGGACAAGUCAAAUCAAGCAAUCUGAUUGGUUCUUAGCCGUGAUAUACUGAG